AUGCAACAAGCUGCUGCUGGAUUGCCACCGCAUCAGUUCGCUGCUCUGUUACCAAUUGCUUUUGCCAAUCUAGCUAGUCAACCGGAUCCAUCGUCACCACUACAUUCGUUGUGCUUACAGCAUGUUAUUUUCUUCGUCUUCCACCACUUCCCGGAUAAUGUGGUCAAUGGACUUGACUUGGCAUUGGAAGGAUGCAAUACAAAUUCAACUCCAGCUUCACUCUUGGAUGCUAUUGUUGAUAAAUUGGAUGCAAAGGAUUACUUGAAAAAGAAUGUUUCGCUUGACUUGGGAGCAGCCAAAGCUGAUGAAUGCGCAAGGGUUCUAUCAAAACGUUUGGACGAAGCGAGGACGAAACUUCCAAAUUUUUAUGGAAUCUGGUCCCGAUAUAUGGAUUCAGUAACCCGUCUCGCCCAGCUAUUCCUUUUCGUUCCGAUUCGAGAUGGAUAUGAACCAAAUAAGGCGGUUUCCGUACUACAAAGAGAAUGCUAUGAGUACUUUGCUCGUGUGGCUGCAGUAUUUUCUCCACUAAUUGCUCCUUACUCGCCAACUCAUCCUCCAUUCUCUCCUUCUCAUGAAGCACAAGCAAUGUUGGUUUUGGAUCGGUUUGUUGAAUUUCUUUCUGCACUCCAUUUCAAUUCAAGUAUACCACCUGGAAUGCAGAAUAUUCAAUCUUUGGUUUGGCAGUACUAUUGUGAGAAAUUAUCAAUUUUAACACAUGGAACUCAACACUAUUAUGAUAUCCUCGAACGACAAUUGGUCCGACUUAAUUGGCAAGCUCUUUGGCCUUCAAGACUUGCAAUAACUGCAAUGGAAACAUGUUUGGAUACUCGGUCUCAAGAUUGUGCAUCAUUUGUUUCACAAAUGGUAGCACGUAUUCCAUGGAGUACCAUAAUGCAAACAAUGCAUGAAGAUAGUAGGCCCAGCUAUUUGGCUUCUCUUUUCGGUGUUCUUGUUCGAUUAGCAUCUCGUUCUCGGAAUUACGAUAAAGUUAGAGCUUCUUUACUGGAGUUGGUGAAAUCAUUAUCGCUCCGCGCAGACUGGAAUAGAAUUAGCCCAGAAGACGCUAUGAAUAUUUCAUUGGCUGUAACUAAAAGUCUACCGUCGGAUUCAUUAUCAAAUCCAAUCGAAAUCGUGUCAGUUAUUCAAGUAAUAUGGAGAAAGAUCAGUUGUUUUGUUGCUCGGGAACCAUUUUCUGAAAUAUCUCUUCAAAAACAAAUCUUGUGGAUUCAAACGGAAUGUGCUCUUCUGCUCAAAGCUGAACCUUCCCAAAUUCCUGCUGCAUACAAUUCACUAAUUUCUGAUGUUAAUUCGUUGGCUACCAAUCAUUCAAACCUUCGUGAAUUCCGACUUGUGACCAGAGAACUGACGGCAAUGUGGAAAAAUAUUGAGAAUGAAAACUUAGGAGAAUCCCUCGUAUCUCAAUGGACAGAGUAUGUCACAGCCAAUCCGAGUUCUCCUCUCAUACUCACAUCUCUUAAUACAAUCAUUGAUUCAUUGAAUAAUGAUCAACAUACAACUGCUUUGAAAGUUAUCGAAAAACUUAUUGCUGCUUACUUUCUCAGAAACGACAGUAACUGGGCAGAAGUUUUGCAUUGGAUUCAGUUUCCUAACAAAAAUUUUGAAUCCGUCAAAAAUUACUUGCUGACCGUUCCAAAAUCUGAGAACAAACAACAGAUGCUACCACUUACUUUGAAAGUUUUCAUGGAUUAUGGUGGCGCUGAUGACAACAAGUUCUUCGAAUUGCAUUAUUAUGUGACUAGCGUUCGUGCGAAGCAUUUCACAUCCGAAGCAGGUUUCUUAUGCCUUUUGGCUCGAUUACUUCAAUGGAUUGGUAAACGAAGUCCCACUCUUCCUUCUCAUUUUGCACCAACUGACGAUCUACUUGCUUCGGUUAUCAAGUAUCUAGUAAAAGUUAAUAAAGAAGACACCGGCAUUUUUACGUUCAUCAGCAGCAAAAAAACAGCAACUCCAAAAAUGCGUGUAGUCCUCCAAAUUCUCGAAAUGUUUUUAACCCAACAAACACUUGGUGAUGGAAGACGACCAAGAUGUGAUGCAAACUCACCGGUGCUAAAUUCACGGAUCGCAGCUUUGAGAGACAUGGCUCAACAAAGAGCAAAUCAAAACAUGACCAAUGCGUUCAACAGGGCAACUGCAUAUUUCGUUCAAAUUGACAUCCAUCAGAUUCAAUCAGCUUCUAAAUUGCUCCUCGAAAUAGGACGGUCUGCCUUCGGGGAUCGUUUCCUCAGUGAUGUAUAA